AUGGCCCCUCUUAAAACAUGGGAGGUACAGGUUAGUCUGUAGUGAAAACCAACUCAUGGCCAUUUCUAGAACCCAGAGAAGAGGGCAUUAUCUCCCUGAGGACCAGCAGCUAAGGACCAUGUUCAUAGCCCCUUUCUUCUACCAUAAGCUGGAAUGCUUGGAGGCUCUGGGACUGCAUUCUGGGAGCUGGACUCUGUAUCUACCUUCUAUCUUCUUCCAAUUCCUUCUCCAUCAGCCAGGGUAAGCAUUUUUACAACUCAAGUUGGAUUCUGUCUUCACUCAACAGCCUUCUCCAGAUAAGUCAGAAUCCUACAGUGGCUUCUAGACCCUACGUGUCCAAACUCAGCUGGGGCUGCCCUUCCCUAGCCUUCCACCCUCGGGUGUACUUGAUUUGCUCUUGAAACUUGUUCACAGUUCAUAAUUGGCUGGUCAACAUCUUUCUGUCCUAUUAGACUUCAUGAGGGGAAGACUCGAUGUUUGCUUAAACUUGUAUACCCAGGGCCUAACAGUACCUGAGUCUGGGACUUAGCCUUUGGGAUCCGCACUUUAGUCUCUUUGGGUCUUGUGACUCACUCUCAAAGUUUGUUGACUGUUUGGUACCACUAUGGGAUACAAUUAUCAAAAGGACAGUGGCUUUAUGUAUCAGUGUGACUUACUGUGUCAAGGGUCCCAUGGGAUGAGCUUAACUGACAGUUUGAGGCUGAGCUUGAUGAAAACGCCCCCACUCAAAGGGAUCAGAUAAAUGAGGCAUCCUGGAGCAAAUGUACCCUCAGCUGACCCAAUAAAGAGCUUAAGACUCUGCAAAACAUGAGCAGGACCAGUAGAUGCCACAGGACCCUUCCAUCUCUGGCCUCCUCCCAAAUUGGUCCCUUAGCCCUGGGGGCCUUGCCCCGCCAAGCCUGAGCCAGAGGAGGAGGAGAUGGGGUGAGUGGGAGGGGCAGAGAGAGCAAGCAAGGCGCGGCUAUGACCUACAUCUGUUCCUGCUCUGCCUGUCCACCGCCAGAUGGCUCAGACUCCCUGGUAGCCAGCAGCAGCUGGAAGCAGGGAGGAAGGAGUGUGAGGAGGCUGGAGGUUGGUGGGCCAUUCAGGUGAGUGAGCACACUGUGUACCUGGUUGUCCACCUGGUCUGGGAAGGGUAGGGAGACGCUAUGCUGUGCUCUAGAUUUUCUGUGCAGGAAAGAGAAGACCGUGGUCAUCAGACAAGCCCCAUGGAUAUCCGGCUGGCUGACCACAGACUGGGGUGCAUUUCUAGCACCUUUUAGGGGACCCCGGUAUCCCUGGAGGAGGGAAUUUCAGCAGGUUCUGUGUGAGUGGUUCUGCCCUGGCUCUGAUUUUCCAGGCACUGCCUGAUGGAGAAUAUACAUGACAACUGAGUUAAAAAAUGUUACUAGCAGUUCAGAGUAGUGACCUCAAGACCAAAGCAGUUGAGAAGAACCCUAUUUGGUUCCUCCUUUCUGUUGAGAAGUUGGAGGAAGCAGGGACCUAGGCUGGUAGAAUGGAACAGGUUCUAGGGCAGCAGGUGAGGAUGCUAUGUCCUGGGAAGAGUUAAGGGAGACACAGCCUGGUCCCGAACUCAGCGUCUGGUUGGGAUAGGCUGAAAUGGGUGCAUUUGUGCAUAAGAGUAAGGAGUCUCCCCAAAUGUGGGAAUAAAUCAUGAAGGAAAGAAUCCCCUUCCCCAUCCCCACUAAAGAAGCCUACAUCCUUCUGUUCUCUAGGCAAAUGCACCUCUCACUCAUUAGUCAUUGAGUUUGUACUUGUUCUAGAUUAUUCCUGAAGUAGCAUGAUACUGGACCCUUGACCACCACAGGCUCCUACUUCUUUGCUUCUUUAACUGGACCCACAGGAGACAGAGGUAAGGGGCUGAUAUCUGGAUUAGUGCUGACAUGUGACAAAUAGUCACACAAUCUACUAGAGCUAAUAGCGGCGGUGAUAAUGGAGGUGACCUCCAGUGUGCCUGGGUGCCAGUGCUUCCCCUUAUCAGAUCCUGACCUGAGGGAGGGAGGAGUGGAACUCUUAGGGGGCCUCCUCGGCUGAGCCUGCUCCUCCAAGUUGUCCUCUCUCCUGUCCACCUUGUGACUCCUUUCAGUGCGGUGGCUAUGGCUCCUGUGUUGCUUGUGACCGCUACAGAACGCCACCGUUGGCACGCUGUGGCAUUCCUGCACACAGGGGGGCCGUGGCUGGGCUGUAGAGGGGGCCAGAAGUGCCAGUGAGCGGGGCAGUUGUGCAAGAAAGCAUAUUAGUUGGAGUAUGGAAUUUGCUCCGUCAUGUGGGACUCUACAUUGAUGGCCGGGUUCUUUGGGCAGGAAGCGCUGUCCCCCAAACAGAACCACUUGGCCGUACAUCAGCCUCUCAGAGGUAGGAUUGCUGGAGGACCCUUGCAAGUCUCCCUUUAACUCAUUCAUAGCUCUCAUCCUUUCCCAGAGCCAACCCUACUCCUCCUCCUCUAUGGGCACUAACAUGGGUGCAGUGAAAAGAAGUUGAGGGGAGAGGGUGGUGGAGUUCUCGGAAGAAGGGGACACACUCCUGGUCAUCUGACGUUGUAGUUCAGAGGGAAGUGGGUGGAUUUCUGGCGGUCUUAUUGGCUCGGGGAGAGAAGAGCUCCAGAGUCAUCCCCACAGACCUUGAGAUCUGAAGGAUUCCACUUGGGUUAAGAUAGGAGGUAGAAGGCACCCGGGCUCCAGUAGAAAAUCCAAGAGAUUGCUAGGGAAUUUGCAUUCCAAAGUUGAGAGGUCACAGCCGUUGAACAAGUCUCCUGCAUGAGUCUGGUCUUGCUCUCUGAAUGGUAAAGAGCUUGGGUCCUGCCAGGAGGUUAGGUCAUACAGUCCCGACACCAUGCUUUUCUUUUCUCCGGAUCUGGGUAGCACCUACUUCUUUCCUGGAAAUUUCCCUGGGAAAUUGGUCUAGUGGAGCUGUUCUGGGGAAUGGCAGGAAACAAAUCAUUUUCAUUUGGGGGGGUUAGACAAGCUCUUAGGGGCAUCAUUUGCCCCCAACAUCCAUCUUAGAUUUGGCUGGGACCCCCUGGUGGUAUGGGAGAGGUGGGCUGACAUGUUAACUCGGGCCUCACAUGAGGAAUUCAUCUGCCGCCCUCAGAUCAGUUUCCACUCAGAGGAGCAAGAAGAAGCUGGAACUAUGGCAGGAAAAACCCCUAAGAAGUCCUCCAUCCCCGGAGUGAGCAUCCGGCAGCUGGUGGACGAGAUCCCCGAAGGCUGCAGUACACCAGAUUUCAAGCAGAAGCCUGUCACCUUGGCUCUACCAGAGGGAAAGAAUGCCAUCUUUCGGGCGGUGGUCUGUGGGGAGCCCAGACCCGAAGUGCACUGGCAGAACACCAAAGGAGACCUCAGCAGCUCCAGCAAGUACCAGAUCUCCUCUGCUCCUGGCAGCAAGGAGCAUGUGCUGCAGAUCAACAAGCUGACUGGAGAGGACUCGGAUCUGUACCGCUGCACUGCAGUGAACGCCUUCGGAGAAGCCACGUGCUCCGUGAGGCUCACCGUCAUCGAAGUGGGUUUUCGGAAGAACCGAAAAAGGCAAAAGGAACCUCAGGAGGACCUCAGGACAGAGCUGAAGGACUUUCGGAAGAUGCUGAAAAAGAGGACCCCACCUCCAGCCCCUGAUAAAAAGAUGGAGUCUGCACAGGUGUGGCAGCUGCUCAUGACCGCGGACCGUAAGGACUAUGAGAAGAUUUGUAUGCAGCAUGGCAUCGUCGACUUCCGGGGCAUGCUGCGCAAACUGCAGGAGAUGAAGAAGGAACAGGAGGACAGAAUGGCACAGUAUGUCAACGCCAUUGACAACUUGAGACACAUCAGGGUCACCAAGGAAGGGGUUGCCACGUUUGACCUGGAGCUGGAUCUCAAGGACCUUGAGAGCAAGAUUUACCUGUACAAGGAUGGUGAGAUGAUCCCCUAUGGCUUUGAUAACCAGACCAAGCACUGUCUGAGACGGCUGGGGAAACGCUACCACUUCCUGAUCCAGGACCUGCGGCCCGAGGAUGCCGGCCUUUACCAGGUCAUGGUGGAGGAUGCUGUGGUCUUCUCCACAGAGCUGGAGGCCAGCACCAUCCCCCCCAGAGUGGUGGUCCCGUUGGCAGAGACCCGCUGUAAGGAACAGGGGGACGCAGUCUUUGAAUGCACACUCUCCAAUCCUUGUCCCAAUGCUACCUGGCAUUUCCAGCACCGAACACUGAGGCUUGGUGACAGAUACGAAGUUUCUGUGUCCCCUGAUGGGCUGACCCACCGGCUGGUUGUGAAGGGGGCCAGUUGCUCAGAUAUGGGCCUCUACUCCCUGAACGCUGGACUCCAUGCCUCCAGUGCCUGGCUCGUGGUUGAAGGCGGGAAGGAUAAAGGCCCUCAGACCACAGAUACUGAGCACCGACUGCAAACUCCAGAAGCUCUGGCCUCAGAAGCAGAAGACUCUUGGGGCAUCAGCGGCAAGGGAGGGCGAUCCAGAGAGCAGGGCUCCCUCAAGGAGACCAGAGGGGCGUGGCUCACGGCAGGCGCAGACAGGGGUGCCUUUGACGAGCAUGGCUAUUCCAUGGUGGGGGGUGAAGGAUCAGCUAAUUCAGCCUGGGGCCCCGGGCAGAACAAAAAGGGCUUUCUGGGAGGAGAGCAAGGCAGGGUCACGCUUCCGGGAGACAGUCAGGCCCACAGAGAGGGAGACGACUGUGGUGGGAGCCUUCCUGGGAGGCCUCAUCUCCAGGGAGGGGACACAGAAUCAGAUUUGGGCUUUGUGGAAAGACAAGGUCAUAGCAGAGCGGGGGCAGCAGGAGGCUGGAAGGCUGGCUCCAGCCACCGUCAGGAUGCAAGACUUGAGAGCAACAGAGAAGGAAAGGAACCCAGAGAGGGCCGCGGCAGUGAACUGGACAGACGUGGCCCGGGACAACUCCGCGACCCUCACUUGGGAGCUGGGGCAGGGCAGAGGGCGCCGUGGGGACCCCAGUCUGAUGCCGAGGGGUUUCAACUGAAAAAGGAAGGGACAGAAACGUGGGGUGAUCUUACGGAUGAGAUGGAAGGAAGGGGUGACCUGAGCAGAGAGAGGGGAGCAGGGGCAGGGUGGGCUCAUAGGGGGGCCUGCCUGGGGGAAGCCAGAGGCUGCAAUGGGGCAGGAAGUCCUUGCAUCCCCGAGUUUCCUAGAGGAAGAGGUCGCAGCCUCGAGGUGGGCAUGGACCCUGACAGGUGCUGGGGCACUCAGGAAGGUGGAGAUGCUGGCCAUGGAGAAGCUGGGGUGUACUGGGAGGCAGGGGGAUAUCCAGGACAGACAUCAACUAGCAACGACACCCAGGAACCAUCGCUAUCUGGAGGCAGGAAACUUCUGGGGUGCAGGAGUCCUGAGGCCAAGGCUGAGCACUCUUUGCAAGGGGCAGGUAGUAGCCAUGGUAUUGUGGGGAGGGGCUACAAAACUGUCCCUGAAGGCCUGGAAGAUCCCAGGGCCUGGAAAGGUGGCCUAGAAGAACUCCAGGGAAGGGAUGGCCAAGGCCAGGCUGGAGCCUUGGGCAGGUCGGAGGAAGGCUCUCGAAGUCUCCGAUUUCCUCAGAGCCGGACAACAGGGCAAAGGGAAGCAGGGGAUCCAGGCAGAACAGAGUGCGAAAACAUGGGUCCUCAGGAUGACAUGGGGGCCAAUCUCAGAAACACUGGGGCCCACUUUGGGCCUGGAGUGCCUGGGUCCGGUGGGAAGGGGGGGAGAAUGGAUGGUUCCCAAGUAGCUGGACUGAUGGCGUCUAGUCAGAGGGUAGAUGCCAGAAACCACAGGCUAGUUCCCUCCCCAGGCCUGGGUGUGCAGGGCUCUGGGGGUGCACUGGGGGACAUGGCAGGAUUAAGAGACCCAGGGUCGGUAGGAUCUGAACCAGACUUCAGGAAUGGGUCAGGGAGGUCUAGAGAAAAAGGGUCCAGAGGAGGAAUGGACUACGAGGGUGGCUUAGGAGGUCCAGGGUGGGUGGAGUCUAGGUAUGAGGAGGGUUCCAGGUGCUCUGAAGGGGCGGGUUCUAGGAAUAGAGUUACUAAUCAUGACGGCUCAGGGGUGCCAGAAGGAACAGGGUCGGGUCUUGGUAUUGGUUGCAGAGCCACGUGUGGGGCACCUGUGGAGACAGGUUCUGGGGAAUGGGGUACUUACAGGCAUGACUCAGAGGUGUCUGGGGGAUUGUGGUCUGGAAACAAAGGUCAGUGUGAUUCUCCAGGAAAGGUGUCUGGGAGAGACGCCGGCCUCAGAAAUGGCUCAGGUGACCUUCAAGGGAUGCCCAUUCAUGAAGCUCAGCGCUGGGAUGUAUUUCAAGGCCAGGGUCAAACAGGCCCUGGUGGGAAACACUACUCUGAUGGUGACUUAGGGAGUCCUGAGAUGGUGGGAUCUGUGGGUGGAGAUGGCAUGAAGGCCUCUGGAGCAGUGGGAAAGGUUGGGGACAGACAUAUGGAAACAGAACCAGGGAACUCUGGAAGAAUACGUUCUCGGGGUCACACUGGAGGUUAUGAGGGCUUCAGAGCCCUGGGGGCCUUUAGCGAGGGAGACUUUGAAGAUGGCACUGGGGUUCCAUUACCCAUGGGACCAGGAUCUCUGGGGAGAGGGAACAAAGCAGGUGAUGGAGAAAGGUUCCUUGGUGCCAGGACCUCUGGAGCUGGAACUGGGAAUUUGGACAAAGCCGGGCACCCUGAGGCGCUAUCUCCUCAUGAUGAGGCUGGUUCCAAAGGCCACUGGGCUCACGGAUCUGGAAAUGCGUUAGGUUACAGGGAUGGAUCUGGAAUUCCAGAGCUUUGGGGAAAUGGGGACAGAGCAGCUUAUGGAGAUGGGUCAAGGGGUCCUGGGUCUGAGAGAACAGAGUCAAGGGGUCCUGGCUCUGAGAGAACAGGGUCAGAGGGUCUUGGGUCCAGCAGAACAGGGCCAGAUGGUGACACAGUAUAUAGAGAUGGCUCAGGAGGCCUCAGAGGAAUGGGACCAGCGGGUGAGGCAAGUUAUGCAAAUGCAGCUGGGAGCUCUGGGGCCACGGGAUCAGGGUGCAGGGUAGAUUCUAGGAAUGAUAUUGGGUGUUCUGAAGUUAUGGGAUCCGGGAGUGAGGCAGGUUAUAAGAAUGACAUCCAGGGCCAUAGGGUGAGGGAAUUAGGGAAUAAAGGAGGUCACAAGAAUGGCUUAGGAGCCCCUGACAUUAUGUCAUUAAGGGAUGAGGCCAGUUAUCAAGGUGGUUUAGAACAUUCUGGAGACAUCUUGUCCUGGAAUGAGUCAGGUUCCAGGGACGGCUUGGGGGAAACAGGACGGAUGGAAUCCAAGAAUGAGGAGGCUGGUUAUAGGGGAAGCUCAGUGGGGCCUGGGGAAAUGGGGCCUGAGAGUAAAAUGCACUGUGCAGAUGGUUCAGGAAGGCAAGGAGGACCAGGGCCACCGGCUGCACCCGGAGAACAUGAAUCCAUGGGUCUUGGGUCAGGAUCCCAGGCAGCAGCAGAGUCAGGCACAGGCUCCAAGGAUGCCAGAGGGAUGGGGCCUGCAGAUGAGACAAGGCCUGGGGUGGGCCCUGGGAUGGCUGGGACACCGGACACUACAGGUGGUGUAGCACACAGGGACCGUGCUAUGGGCCACGGGAAGCUGGGGACACCAGGAGGGCCACAUAUCUUUUCAGGUGGCCAGGGUGUCAAGAACAGUCUUGGGGGCCGUGGACCCUCAGGAAUCCCUGAAGCCUUGGGGGCUAUUGGUUCUGUGAGGAAACCAGGUAUCAGGGAAUGGAAAGAUGGUUCUGGGUUCCCAGGGUCUCCUGGGGAAAGUGGGACUCCCAGUGGGGAGGGAGGGUCUAUAGACAAAGCGGGAGCUGUGGGGACCUCCAGGCUUCUUGAUGGUAGGGGGACAGUGGGCGGGGAGGGUGGGUCUGGGGUAGCUGCUCUGGAGUCGGAAAAUGAUUGGGACUUUAGUCAAUUAGGCUUGGGGACAACAGGCAGGUGUAGAGUGGCUGGCCAGGGUGAAGAGCCACCGCAGGAAGGUGGAGACUCCCUGGAAGGUAGGAGGAGGGAAGCAGGUUCUGGGAGCAUGUCAGGAGCAGGGCAGGUGACAGAGAGCGGUUCCACACCAGGGAGAGAGACCAAGUCAAUGUCAGGACGGGACAGUGGGCAGGACACGAGCCACACUCGGCCUCCAGGCUGGGAAGACCAGGUUCGAGGCGGCUCCAGGGCUUCUAGCUCGCUGGGGGAGAAUGAUGCCAUUUUCAGACAAGCCCAGGAGGGGCAAAGAGCCUCCAAGGGCAGGGGCUCUGUGACAGGCCGAGAGGCUGCCGGUGAAUGGCAAGGUCCAUGCCCCUCGGAGAGCAGAGGCUUGGGUUUUAGAAGGGGCGGGGCUGGUUUGACAGAUGGCUCCCGUGUCCAUGGCAGAAGGAAUUCCACUAUGCGUGGAGAUGGUGCCACUUCAAAACCGCAGGGACCCCAGGAUGAAUUAGAUAGUCCCUUAAGCAGAAGGGACUUCGGAAGUGUAUCGGGAGGAAUCCAGGAGCCAGGUUUUCAACUCGAGGCAGGGCAGGGAGAUCAAAGAGGGUCCCUCCAGGAGUGGGGAUCCUGGGAGGCUAAGACCGGCAAGGUCCAAGGAUCUGGGGCCUCAGAGAAGUAUGAAGGGCAGGGAAGGAAAGGCCCUGGCUGGUCAGGCAGGAAGCCUGGUCCCUACGGAAGCAAGUGUCAGCCACAGAUUGGGACUGAAGUGGGAUCAGCCAAGAGAGGGCCUACAGAGAGGGCCAGAGGUCCGGGGCAUUGGACGAGCAGUGAGGACAGAGGGUCUCUGAGAGAAUCUUGGAGUGAAGAUGGGAGGCAAGACCCCCACAGGCAUCUUGACAGCAGGAGAGAAACCCAAGAGGGAAGGCCAGAUGUCUGUGGCCAGGGACAAGAUGCUACCCAGAGCCCCAGAUCCAGAUACAAGCCUGGCCCUGGCUCUUCUACGGAGGCCCGAGGCUCCAUGGACCACUUCUCUCGGGGUCUGGUGGAUACGGAGGUGCAGCAGGGGGAAGCUGCCAUACUUUCCUGUACCCUCACCAGUGACAUGGGACCUGGCACCUGGUUCAAGGAUGGAGUCAAGCUCACUGCCCAUGAUGGGGUCAUCUUUGAGCAAGAUGGGCUCACACACAGACUGACCCUCACCCACUCGGAGGGCACCCAGGCUGGGAGAUACACUUUCGUGGCCGGCAGACAGCACACGGAGGCCAGCCUGACCGUGCAAGAUCCCCCCACCAUUGCUCCAGAUGUGACAGAGACACUGAGAGAGCCACUGGUGUUCAAAGCAGGGAAGCCAGUGACUCUGAAGAUCCCUUUCCAGAGCCGCCUCCCUGUUCAGGCUGUCUGGAGGAAGGAUGGGGAGGAGGUGGUGGGCAGCAACCGCAGGGACAUCCAGGUGGCCCUGGGGGAUGGCUACACACGGCUGUGCCUCCCCAGCGUGUGCAGGAAGGACAGUGGCCAGUACAGCGUUACACUGAAGAGCGACGGAGGCUGCAUGCAGGCUGAAUUCACUCUGCACGUCAUAGACAAGCCUCAGCCCCCACAGGGACCCCUGGAGGUACAGGACUGCCACAGAGCAGGUGUCUGUCUCCGCUGGCGGCCCCCGAGGGACGACGGCGGCCAGGCCAUACAACACUACGUGGUGGAAAGGCGGCAGGCUGGAAGGAGCACUUGGCUGAAGGUGGGCGAGCCUCCACCGGACAGUACCAGCUUCACCGAUGCCAGCGUGGAGCAGGGCCGGAAAUAUGCCUUCCGUGUGCGGACUGUGACCUCAGAGGGAGCCGGGGACGCCCUGGAGUCUGAGGAGGUGUUGGUGGCUCCUGAGGAUCUCCCGGGGCCCCCUUCCGCCCCAGACAUCUUAUCAGCCUCCAGCCAGAGCAUCACUCUGACAUGGGCAGCACCACGGGGCCCCAGCAGUGCCCACAUCUUGGGCUACCUGGUGGAGAAGCGCAAGAAAGGGAGCAACACCUGGGUGCCUGUGAACGAGCAGCCCGUGUCUGAAAGGCGGUACACCGUGGCGGAUCUGCGACAGGGCUGCCAGUAUGAGUUCCGGGUUAUCGCUGUGGCUCCCUCAGGCCCUGGAGAACCUGGGCCUCCAUCGGAUGCUGUCUUCGCUCGAGAUCCCAUGAGACCUCCAGGACCUGUUCAGGAUCUCCGGGUUACAGACACAUCUAACACCAGCAUCACCCUGAGCUGGAGGAGGCCGGACACCCAGGAUAACGAUGAAGCCCACGGGUUCAUUGUGGAGUUGUGUGGCUCACACAGCCUUCAGUGGAGCCCAUGCCACGUGGGCACUGUGCCAGGCACCACCUUCACAGCCAAGGGGCUUCGGCCCCAAGAAGGCUACCUCGUGCGGGUGACAGCGGUCAAUGAUGGGGGCCGUGGCCCCGCCACUUCCCUAGACUCAUUGGUCCAUGCCGCGCCUGCUACCGUCUGUCCCAAGUUCCUCAUGGGCUCCAGCACAAAGGAUUCGCUGAUGGUCAGGGUUGGGGACAGCAUUCGAGUUCCGGUCUCGUUUGAAGCUGCCCCCAUGCCUGAGGUGACCUGGCUGAAAGAUGGCUUGCCCUUGCCCAAAAGAAGCGUGACCACCGUGAAGGACGGCCUCACCCAGCUUCUGAUUCCUGCAGCUAGCCUCUCGGACCGUGGCCGAUACACCGUGAUGCUGAGACACCCACAGGGGAAGGAGGCCGUCUACAGCUUCUCCAUCAGUGUGGCAGCAUGCCCACAGGCACCAGGAUCCAUCUACCUGCGGGAGAAUGUGCCUGGGACAGUGACGGUCCAAUGGGAACCCUCCCCGGACGAGGCUCAGGGCAUCCCCUUGCACUAUACGGUGCUGAUGCGUUCCUCAUCUCAUGGAUCCUGGCAUGAGGUGGCUGACCGCGUCCACACCAACCACUUCACCUUCCUGGGGGUCCUCCCUGGCCAUGAGUACCACUUCCGGGUGCUGGCCAAGAAUGAGCUGGGGGCCAGCAAACCUUCAGACACCAGCCAACCCUGGUGCAUCCCCAGGCAGAGAGAGAGGUUCGCCGUGAAGACACCAAUAUACCGGGAACCCAACCUGAGCCAGAAGCCCCGCUUCCUGGUGGGUCUGCGGACCCACCUUCUGCCCCAGGGCUGCGAGUGCCGCAUGACCUGCGCUGUGCAGGGCUCACCCCGGCCCCAGGUCACCUGGUUCAGGAACGACCAGAGCUUGGACAGAAACCCUGCGCUGUACAGCACUGACGUGCUGAGUGUGUGCUCCCUCGUCAUCCCCAGUGUGUCCCUGAAGGACAGCGGCGAGUACAAGGCUGUGGCCAGGAACCCCCUGGGUCAGGCUGUCAGCACGGCCACCCUCAUUGUCACAGAAUACAACUCCUAGCCCCACUUGGCCUGGAAUCCUAGCCUAGCCCCACCCCACAGCCAUGAGAUGGAUGGGAACUCUCUGAAGCUUUACCCCCUGAUGCCCACACUGGCCUGGGGAGCCAACCCAGAAUGACAGUGGAUGUUCCUCUGCGAGACAGGAACAAGAGGGCUCUGGUGAGAUGUGACCAGAAGGGCUGAAAUCAUUGAAGAAGUAGAAUAAGGGUGAAGGAUGUGUGUGGUCUUAAGCUGAAUCAUGGCUCAGGGUGACCCUGGCGCUGUGGGUGUCUUUGUUCUCCACAUCUGGAUGAAGCUCCAGAGAGAGUGAUCCACAGGGGUGGCAGCUGAGCCCACUGUGACCACAGGAGAAAAGUCAUGGAGGGCAGAGGACCUGGGUGAAGGCAUCAAGGAUAUGUGUAUGGGGGAUCCCUGUACUUCAUUAAAACAGCAGGCUAAG